GACUUGGGUACGUGAGUCACAGCGGCAGGAGUGCCAGCGCCCACAGAGAUCCGUUGGACCUGUCAGCUCCUCUCUUUGACCAAGCAGACCUAAUAGCUGACCCGCAAAGCAGAGUGAGCCAAGUGCCUCUGCGUGAGAUCAUCAGCUGAUUAACACACAAGAAAAAGUAACUAAUUUAGCUGGGAUUAGAAGGAGCUAUUCUGAGAUCUGUGCUCCUAGCAGGUGACUGAUAACGUUAUAGACUGGAUCAGUCGCUGAGUUGAGAAACUGAGUUGCAAUUGAGUGAAAAAUAAGACAACGAAAUCUUGAAGAAUUGCACGGAGGUGCAAGCCAAAUUUAACUCUUUCCAAGUAGCAUUGGUUGGACUGAGAAAUUGCUAAACCACAUCUGUGAUAGGACUGGUUAUUUGGGUGUCUCUGUCAUUGUUGCCUCUUAUUGUUACAUUGCUCUCUUUCUGUGUUAUCCCUGGAGGCCCAGAUGUUCUCAGAUAACUCCCAUUGCCCUGACUGUGGACAACAGUGGUUCCCUAGUUUAGAACUAGGCCACUGGUUGUACCAAACUGAACUUAUCGAAAAUGAAUGUUACCAGGUGUUCUUGGACCGCAUUAACAGGGCUGAUUAUUGCCCUGAGUGUUAUCCCGAUAAUCCUGCUAAUAGAAGCCUUGUUCUUCCUUGGUCUUUCCCACUUGAGUGGGCUCCCCAAAAUCUUACCAGGUGGACCUUUGAAAAAGCUUGCCAUCCAUUUCUUCUGGGUCCUCCGCUGGUUAGAAAAAGGAUACAUGACUCUAGAAUUGCUGGUUUUAACCCUGCAUUACAGUUGAUUUUGACUAGAACAGACACGACCUUAAACAAGAAACUUGGCCAAAGCAAAUAACUUCUUAAACAGUCAAAAUCACGGCAAGUCUAGAGGGUUUUGUACUAGCAACCCAAGGAAGAUGGAAAAAUGACUCCUUUUAAAUCUGAUCCAGACUGUCACUACUUUGGGGAACCGUUUAAAUUGUUGGCUGUUACCAUGGUCUACACCUGUUCUGUUCAGCAUGAAUUUAAUCAGCAUUGCAGCCAGACUGUUCACCUAGAACCAGAUUAUUUCAUGUUCCCUAUGUUUUGGAAUUAGCUUACCCCUCCUAGAAAGCUCCACAACCUAAUGAUUGACAUGUGACAAGGUCAUGCUGGAGGAGGUGCCCCUAACCAUGUCCUCCAGAAUGGUAUUUCUAGUGAUAACUUCUGUGGGGAAGCAUCUUCAUUGUAGCUGGAUUCUAGAUUAUUUUGGUGAAAACUAGACACUUUAAUAAGACACUACGUUAUUCUAAACCCCACCUCUUAUACAUUAAUCAGCAAUUUUAUAUAUAUAUAAUUUAUUCAUAUAUAAUCAUUUAUCCAUUGUUGGCUCUAUUUGGCCUCUGUGUGGCAUUGACAUUAUCGAUAACUGGCCACUCGAGAGAAGUCCCGUUCUGCCAGGCAGUACCUACACAGGGACGCACAAGAACAUGCAGAAGUGCCACUGUCUACACUUCUUGGCCCUGCAGAAACAAAGACUAUCCUUAGAACGUCCUACCCAGGAAACGGAAAAGUACCCGUAUGAGACAGGCGUUACCAAGCCUGACUCCACGUGUAUUACGAGCAGUCUAAGGAAAGCAUCUUUCUUAAAACUAAGAAGGUCUUGCUGGACAUUAGCCACGUGCUGGCCUUCACUUGUGACAACUGUGGAACCAGAGAUCGGGUUAAGAAACUUAGGACGAAACGGCUGAAAACAUCUCAGAGGCCACUGAGCAACUUUAAAAUUCCACUGAAGAUGCUAGAUAACCCAGUGCUUAUGUAGCAACUCAGCAAUGUUCUCAAGGUCCCAGGCUCUCUCACUUCUUCCCUCUGGGAUCCUUAUCACAUUGGCUUUUGUCCUCAUAGUAUCUUCUGUGAUUGCAGUGUGGCUUGCUGCUGCUUCAGGCAUUUCAGUCCCAAAGGCUGGAGGUAGGAAGCAAAAAGAUUUCUCCUUUCAAGAAGACCCUGUCUUACUUGGUAAGGAAAUCUUUCUCAAAAGCCCCUCACCGAUUUCUUCUUACAUCUCAUUAGAAGGUCCUGGCUCACAAGGGGGCCUGGGGAGCCAGGGAAAGGGAUGGGGCUGGCAGUGCCUGGCUAGGGCACCCUGUCUCCCCGGAGAAAAUGAGGGCUCUUUUAGGGAGGAGGAGGUGAGGAAUGAAUGGCUGUUUUUAUGUAAGAAACCAUGCCUGGCACCUGAUAUGAAACCUGAGUCUGUAUAAAGAAUGUACCCGAGAUCUACCCUGUAUCUAUCUGCCUUAUGUCUAUGCUGGUGGAAGUUUCUCCUGUUAUAUUGCUGAAUAAACUGUGUGGACUGCUAAACUGAGUGAAGACUAGUAGUUUAUCAUCAACCCUUGGAUAAAAACUCCAAAGUGAAGAUUUACUUUGAAGAAUUGCUUUUGAGGAUGGUCUUAGAAUCAAUAUUAUUGUCCUCUAAAGUUUUUCAGAUCUAUACUGAGAAACUCUCUAUAUAUGUGGAAUUUUAAUUAUCAGCAAAAUAGAGGAAAAGUCUUCUGUUUUUGUAUCUUACAGAAACUUUGAUUCCUUAGGUUGUUCACGGGGCUCAGGAAUUUGCAUUUUAUAAAUAGUGCCUUAGGAGACCUGUGCAGGUGCUCUGUGGACCGGGCUUGGAGGGAGAUAACAGCAGCCUUUCCAUGGUGUUUAGAUACUGGCUUAAAAGGAUGGGAAUUGGGUGCUGAUAAAGCUGCAAGGUAGUGACUGUUACUAUACCUUGCUGGUCACACAAACAGAUUUCCCAUCAGACUGAAAGUCACUUGAUACUUCAGGAUACAACUCAGUCACAUUUCUUCUCAUUAAUUAAAGUGAUUGCACUAUUGUAGCCCUGCUCACAAGCAGUUCUGUGUGGUGUCGGUAUAAGCCAUGUGAAUAUAUAUGCAAAAGAAGCAAAAAUAUUAAUUUUAAUAUUACAGUAAGAAGAGUACUUUGUCCUCAGACGUGAUUAUCACAUACCUGCACAGAUUUGCUCC